UGAUAAUCGAUUGAAUGGCGAAGUAAGAGUCGGAAAUACUCGUGAAAUUUUCCCGCCAAUAUUGUAAUUGUAAAUGAUGGUUGAGGGCUGGUACAUUUUUGUAUUUAAAAAAGCGAUUUAUUUUAUAUCAGUGUUGAACGGUGGUCGAGUUUUUUUCUUGUAGAAUUUACAACUUUUACUUACAAGUUUGUGCAAUCGUACAUGAAAAAAUGUCAGGGUUUGACGAAGGAGAAAUAUUCUACCGUGAUGUAUUUGGUUCAGAAGACAAUGAAGAUGAAAGUCUAACAAGCAGAAUUGCAGCACAGAAGCAGUUCAUGAUGUUUAUACGCGAUUACCACGAAGGCACAUUUGUUUAUCCAUACCGAGAUCAACUUGUGAGGAAUUAUCGUCUUGGUGACUACACUUUGGAGGUUAAUAUACAGGAUUUACGCAACUUUAAUGAAGUGUUAUGUAGUAAACUGCUGAAUCAACCAUCAGAGUACCUGCCUAUGUUUGAAGAAGCUGCAAAAGAAGCAGCAGAUGAAUCAACGCGCCCUCGUCCUGAUGAUGAACAGGAAAUGCAACCCAUACAAGUGACCUUAAAAUCAGAUGCCUUUCCUGAUGGAAUUAGAUAUCUGAAGUCCAAUCAUGUUGCCAAAAUGGUAAAGAUAUCUGGUAUCAUAAUCAGUGUAUCAGCAAUUCGUGCUAAAGCAACAAAUAUAACGCUUCAGUGUCGUGCAUGUCGUACCACAUUACCAAAUGUUGUCCUCAAACCUGGUCUUGAAGGUUAUGUAAUGCCACGAAAAUGUCCAACAGAGCAAGUUGGUCGACCUCCGUGUCCUCUUGAUCCAUUCUUUAUUAUUCCUGAUAAAUGCAAAUGUGUUGAUUACCAAGUACUCAAACUACAGGAGCUUCCUGAUGCUGUUCCAAAGGGGGAGAUGCCACGGCAUAUGCAGCUUUACUGUGAUAGGUACUUGACAGACAAAGUUGUGCCUGGUAAUCGUGUUACUGUCAUGGGUAUUUAUUCCAUCAAGAAGUCAGGAAAACUUAACAAAAAGGACAAUCGUGAGAAUGUUGGUGUUGGUUUAAGACGACCAUAUUUGCGUGUAGUUGGUAUUUGCGUUGAUACAGAUGGUCCGGGAAGAAGCAAUGAGAAUUUGAUUAAUAUGGAAGAAGAGGAAGAAUUUCGACGUGUUGCAGCCAUGCCAGAUGUGUAUGAUGUCAUUGCAAGAAGCAUCGCCCCUUCCAUAUAUGGUAGUGAAAAUAUGAAAAAAGCCAUUGCUUGUCUUCUUUUUGGCGGUUCUAGGAAAAGAUUACCUGAUGGUCUAACAAGAAGAGGCGACAUCAAUGUUCUGUUGCUUGGUGAUCCUGGUACCGCAAAGAGUCAGUUGCUGAAGUUUGUUGAGAAAGUUUCUCCCAUUGGUGUUUAUACCUCCGGCAAAGGAAGUAGUGCUGCAGGAUUGACUGCAUCCGUCACUCGUGACCCGUUGUCGAGAAAUUUCAUCAUGGGGGGUGCUAUGGUAUUGGCUGAUGGUGGAGUCGUCUGCAUUGACGAGUUUGAUAAGAUGAGACAAGAUGACCGCGUAGCUAUACACGAAGCGAUGGAACAACAAACCAUUUCAAUUGCUAAGGCGGGUAUAACGACAACACUGAACACAAGAUGCUCAGUUCUAGCUGCCGCCAACUCUGUUUUUGGGCGAUGGGAUGAAACGAAAGGAGAAGAGAAUAUUGAUUUUAUGCCGACGAUUUUGUCACGUUUUGAUAUGAUAUUCAUCGUUAAAGAUAUCCAUGACCAAGGAAAGGACAUGCGACUGGCAAAACAUGUUAUGGCAGUACAUACAAAUGCAGCACGGACAACUCAAGUCCAAGAAGGAGAAUUAACUUUGAACUUUCUUAAAAAGUACAUUGCAUAUUGCAAACGUAAAUGUGGUCCACGAAUAUCUGACGCGGCUGCGGAAAAAUUGAAGAAUCGUUACAUACUCAUGCGCAGUGGUGCCAAAGAACACGAGAGUGAUACUAAUAAGAGAAUAAAUAUUCCUAUUACUGUAAGACAGCUCGAAGCUAUUAUUCGAAUGUCAGAAUCACUUGCAAAAAUGAGACUGGCCCCAUUUGCGACGGAAAGCGAUGUUGACGAAGCACUUCGCUUGUUUCAGGUUUCCACUCUUGACGCGGCCAUGUCAGGAAGUCUUGCAGGUGCAGACGGAUUUACACCUCAACAUGAUGUAGAAGAGAUUCGACAGAUUGAAACACAGUUAAAGCGAAGAUUUCCAAUCGGAGCACAGGUCUCGGAAAAGAGAAUAAUUCAGGAUUUUUUAAAACAGAAAUAUUCUGAGAGAUCGAUCAUCACCGUACUACAAAUUAUGGUAAGACGGGGUGAAAUGGCACAUCGUUUUCAAAGAAAGGUUUUAUAUAGAGUACGUUAAUUUAUAACUGAAAUAAAUGAUGGAGGUAAAA